GUCGACACCGUCGCCCCUGCCAUCGCCCUCGACUUCGACGCUACGCUCACGACGCCACUGCACCGCUCGUCGCUGCCCUAGAGCAGAUCAUCAUCAGCGAACCAGAGAUGGCCGCCGGAUCGAGUUCAAGCACUGGUGGUGAUGCGGGGAUGAACUUGAUGGGAUUCAUCAGUCACAUCCCGACUCUAAAAGGAGACAACUAUGGCGAAUGGAUCAAGAAGGUUGAUCUCGCUUUCGUCUGUGGAGAGGUGGAUGAGAUGAUCACCACUCCAAAGCCCACUGAGCCACCGGCUCCAGUGAGAGGGGAAUCUGACACUGAUGCUGAGUGGCAGAAAAAGCAAAGGGACUAUGCUCCCUUAAAGAUGGCUUAUGAUCUCGAAAAGACAAAGUGGAAUAACGCCAACAAGAAAUGUGUGGCAGUUAUAAAGAACACAAUUGAUCCUAACAUUUUGGGUUCAAUUGGAAAGUGUGAUUCAGCUGCUGAGUACCUUUCAAAGAUAAAGAAUCAGUUUACUGGUUCUUCAAAGACUUAUGCUACACAGAUCAUAGAGCAGUUGAUCACAAAAAGGUACUAUGGCAAUGCCGGUACGAUAAGAGAUCAUAUCAUGGGGAUGUGUGCUUUGAACUCCAAGCUCAAACCAAUGGACUUGGAUCUCAAAGAAGAAUUUAUGGUGCACCUGGUGUUCGCCUCUCUGCCAAAAGAGUUUGCAACGUUCGUUGUAAACUAUAACUCACAGCCAGAGAAGUGGAACAUGGAAAAGACAAUUGCAAUGUGUGCACAAGAGGAAGAUAGACUCAAGAAACAGAAUGGUGGGUCUGUCAAUUUUGUGCAUAAUAUCAAGAAAAGACCUUUCCAAGCUGCUUCUUCCUCUAAAGCUAAAGACAAAGCCCCU